AUGUAUACAUACCGUGUUUCUCAAGAGGGUCGACGAUGCAUUAUGGCGGCCACUAUCCUCGCCGUUCAAAACACCGAGUACCUGGUAUCUCCCGGCCUUGAUCCAAAAAUGCUGCAAAAUGAUACGGCGGCCAAGCCUCGGCACGCAAUUCGCCCUAUCGACACUAUUCUACCUCUGACAGUUCCCCCGCGAGUGACAACCUACGAGGCCCUCUAUGAGAAGCGCAGGGUGCCUGAUCCGUUACUCUUCCUUAUUCCCGAUAACUAUAUAUUGGUCCUCCCCAAAGUGAAGGGAGAGCCAUUACACAGGAGGUGGGCGGAUGCAUCUGCUCAACGGAAAGAGUUCGUCUAUCAACAGGGUUCGACUGCUAUUCAUGUUCUUUGA